AUGGCGGCCAAGAGGGCAGAACUGAAGAAAACAAGCCCGAGCAAGAACUACAAGGCAGUUUGCCUAGAAUUGAAACCAGAGCCGACCAAGACCUACAAUUACAAAGGAGUGAAGCAGGAGGGGCCGUUUGCCAAGACAGGCGUGACACGGGAGCUGAAGAAUGAGCUCAGGGAGGUGAGGGAAGAACUGAAGGAGAAAAUGGAGGAGAUAAAACAGAUAAAGGACAUAAUGGACAAGGACUUUGAUAAACUUCAUGAAUUCGUGGAAAUUAUGAAGGAGAUGCAGAAAGAUAUGGAUGAGAAGAUGGACAUUUUGAUAAACAUCCAGAAGAGCAACAAGCUUCCCCUUCGACGAGGACUCAAGGAGCAGCUAGACGCCAGGCUGGUGGGAAAGAGUGACGCAGACCCCCAGCUCCGGCUCAAGAAACCCGAAGGAGCCGAUGGAACAUCGCUGGCCCUCCACAAGACCACAGCACCCCAGAAACCAAAGAAGGAUCUGCUGACUUCCCCCCACCAGUGUAGGAGCUGCUGUGAGGGAUGUCUGUUGUGUGCCCUAAAGACCAACCACAAUCAGGGGUAG